AUGAAAGUCCUUUUCACUUUUAUCUUUUCGUUGACCUACCAGCUUCUGCCUUUCGUGGCACCAGUCCAUUCAAAGAUUGAUGACCGUCAGGCAGCUAUCAAUACCCUGAGGGAAGCAUUGGCAGAUAGUGAGUACAAUCUGACGGAUGCAGACGGAGAUAUUGGUGAACUGGCCACGAGGCUCUUCGGCUGGCAAGGCUGUGGCGGCUGGGGCUCUUCUAAGAGAAAGGCCAUCUACUCUGGCUGGGAGCAGUCCUGGAAAAUGAUGGAUGCAGUUCAGGGAAAGAGUCUCAACUGGAAUGAAGCGGCUGCCGUUGAGUAUCUUGCUCCACCCUUCGUAAACCAAGAAGAGCGAGCCGCUAUCAAGAACAUCAUUGACACUGUUGUAACCGUCAGGGGCGGUAGUAAUCUCAACCCACUUAAGUGGUGGCUUCACGUUCGAUGCGACGAUCCUGACGGCAAAUGCCCUUGCAACCCAGGCAGCGGUGCUCUCAUGGCAUACACGACCAACAGGGAUUCCGGCUCCGGAUACGCGCGUAUCAACUUUUGCCCUGCCUAUUUCGAAUUGCCAAAUCUUUACCAGGUUGUGAAGGACAACAGUAAUAAAGAGUUACCUAUUGAGCAUCGUGCAAAUCUCAACAACUAUUACAAGAACAAAGGUCGCGUUUGGUUCCACGAGUUGUUACAUAUCGACUGGGCUUCUGGAGUGGACUCGCCAUACCAUAUCACUGAUCUUAUCUGCAUUCUAACUGAUCAAGAUGGCGUGCCCUUUGACCUGCCCAUUUAUGGUCCGCAGCUAACUAAGGGCCUGGCCAAGUUCAAACUUGGUGCAGCUUGGUGGCUUAAGAGAAAUGCAGAUAACUUUGCCAUGUAUGCUAUGGCCAAAACUGCACAGAAGGCUACUGGCAACUACCCCCAUCUUCCACUGGCAGUGACACUCAAGGGAGUACAGGACAAUCCCGAUCUCUUCAUGACGGGCAACAUCAUCAUCGAUCGAGAGGGAAGGACAACCAUGGUCGGCCCCAAAGAUCAAGGUGAAUGCCAGGCUCCUGGUGACGAAGAUGGUCCUGGAGAUAAGGAUAACGUCGUCCCUUUCAACUCUAGCGCAUGGUUCAUGGACGAGAGCUACUACCCCGAGGACUAUAACCGCCAAGUGAGGGGCUGGUUGGCCGAUGCGAAUCCUCGCCACAACCGUGUUCGCAUCGUGCUGAUGCAAACCGCAGCCGGCCCUCAAUGGAUAGUAGUCCAGGAUACGCCUGAAGACCCGAUCAAGGACUUUUGCCUUGCAGAAAUCCUAUCCAAGGCUCCCGCAAAUGGAGACGAAAACAACUUGGAGUUUCCAACCAAGCUUCCUGCAUUCGAGGCCCACGGUGCCAAGGGGUGCGUUUAUUCUGGUACUUCUAACAUUGUAGGUAGUUUGGCUUGUGAGGGUGGUCCUUCGGAUGUUCGAUGUUGGGAGGACCCUGAAUGGAGGGAGAUGUCUUAUUGUGAUGGGGGAAAGUACAUGCUGGGAAUCAAGUGUGACUGGGCAUGA